UCGGGAUGUAGUAUGUAACGCCCGAAUCGUCGGCUUUUCGAAAACAUUUUAUACUUUUGAUUUCCUGACUUACGUCACACGCAUCUUGUAACGCAUGCACGUGUAUCAAUAUUUGUCGGCUACCGUAGUCGCCGUUAUUCAUCGACGACAAGUAACGAUUGCUCCGAUAAAAUGGAGCAGAUCAUUUGUGGCAAAUUCGGCCAUGGCAUUUUGCUAGUCUCUAAAACUUCCAGACAUCCAAUAACAAUUGUUACUACACGGAAAUUAAUGUCUGGAAAAUUUAAUAGACAUUGUAAACCGUUGCUAGCAUCACCACAACUAAGAUACUUCGCAAAUCCAUAUCGCGGAUAUGCUAUGGUGAUAACAAAGAUAUUAAGAGGAGCGUUAAAAAUUCGAUACCUUCUCUUGGGAGGUGCAGUCGGUGGUGGCGUUACCUUACAAAAAAAAUAUGAACAGUGGAAGGAGGGAUUACCGGAUUUAGGAUGGCUAGGAAAUCUAAUGCCCAAUGAAAAGCAAUGGCAAGAUUUUCGCGAAUCACUCAUGACAAUGAGGAGCAAUGUGACCGAUAAGAUCGAGAUUGAUCCACGUAUAAAGGAAUUUGGGGUAACUAAAUAUCGAGAAUAUAGGACCUGGUUUGAUCAAAGACUGGAUGACGCUAUUAAGGCAACGGAAAGUCAUCAAAAUAAUUACCAAGACAAUAACUCGAUACAGAGUGCAUUUGAUACCAUCUCAAUGAUAGCAAAACAAAGUUAUUCAGCAGAAACAAAAGAACAUUUGUCCAAAAAUGUGGUUGCCUUUGCACGUCCAUUGGCUAGUGAUAAUAAUACUGAGGAGGAACGUAAGAAAGCUCAAUCUUCGCAACAGAGAAUAGAUGCCAUGCAAGAUGAGCUGAUGCAGAUGCAAUUGAAAUAUCAACGCGAAAUAGAGAGACUAGAAAGAGAGAAUAAAGAAUUACGCAAGCAGAUACUUUUACGAGGAAGUCAGAAGUUUACCAACAAAAAAAUUAAAAAGUCACUAAUCGAUAUGUAUAGCGAUGUCUUGGAUGAACUUAAUGACUACGAUAGUGCCUAUUCCACUGCUGAUCAUUUACCUAGAGUAGUAGUCGUUGGUGAUCAAAGCUCCGGUAAAACAUCCGUGCUUGAAAUGAUUGCUCAAGCAAGGAUAUUUCCAAGAGGUGGAGGUGAAAUGAUGACGAGAGCGCCAGUCAAAGUCACAUUGAGCGAAGGUCCAUAUCAUAUAGCACAAUUCAAAGAUAGCUCCAGAGAAUUUGAUCUCACGAAGGAGUCAGAGUUAGCCGAACUCAGGCGGGAGGUAGAAUUGCGAAUGAAAAAUAGCGUAAAGAACGGAAAAACGGUCAGCCCGGAUGUCAUUUCCAUGACGGUGAAAGGACCCGGCCUUCAACGUAUGGUUCUAGUCGAUUUACCUGGUAUUAUUAGCACGGUUACCGUUGAUAUGGCAGAAGACACUCGCGAAGCAAUCAAACAAAUGAGCCAACAAUAUAUGAGUAAUCCUAAUGCAAUCAUUCUCUGCAUACAAGACGGUUCCGUUGAUGCAGAAAGAAGCAACGUGACCGAUCUCGUAGCUCAAAUGGAUCCAUCGGGCAAAAGAACGAUCUUUGUUUUGACAAAAGUUGACAUGGCAGAAGAGAAUUUAACUAAUCCUGACAGAUUGCGCAAGAUAUUAUCCGGUAAACUGUUUCCAAUGAAAGCAUUGGGCUACUUUGCCGUAGUUACUGGUCGUGGCAGACAAGAUGAUAGUAUACAAACGAUCAAGGAUUACGAGGAAAAAUUCUUUAGAAAUUCCAAACUUUUCAAAGAUGGUCUAGCAAUGUCUGGUCAAGUGACCACUAAAAACUUGAGCUUGGCGGUAGCCGAAUGCUUUUGGAAAAUGGUUCGUGAAACAGUGGAACAACAAGCAGACGCAUUUAAAGCUACGAGAUUCAAUUUAGAAACGGAAUGGAAGAACAAUUUUCCUAGGUUAAGGGAACUGGAUAGAGAUGAGCUUUUCGAAAAGGCACGAGGUGAAAUCUUGGACGAGAUAGUCAAUUUGUCCCAGGUAUCACCAAGACACUGGGAGGAAGUACUGAUGUCUCGAAAUUGGGAUAAAGUCAGUAUGCAUGUUUUUGAAAAUAUCUACCUACCUGCUGCUCAAAGCGGAAAUCCAAAUGCGUUCAAUACCACUGUCGACAUUAAACUUAGACACUGGGCGGAACAACAACUGCCUGCGCGUAGCGUCGAAAGUGGAUGGGAAUGUUUACAGCAAGAAUUUCAGAAUUUUAUGUCACAGGCUCGGCUUAGUCCAGAUCACGAUGGCAUUUUCGACAACCUCAAGAACGCUGUAGUAAAUGAGGCAAUGAGGCGUCAUUCGUGGGAAGAGAAAGCAUCAGAAAUGCUACGUGUUAUUCAACUUAAUAUCUUGGAGGAUAGAAGCGUGAACGAUAAACGUGAUUGGGAUCAAGCUGUACGUUUUCUAGAAACCUCAGUUAAAGAAAAAUUGCAAAGUACAGAACAGAUUCUGCGUGAUAUGCUAGGCCCUAAUCGCAAGGAACGGUGGAUGUACUGGCAGAACCAAACCGAAGAGCAACAGAAACGUUCGGCGGUCAAGAACGAGCUAGAUAAAAUUCUUUACGCCGACAAAAAACAUGCACCUACUUUAACACACGAUGAACUUACAGCUGUUAGAAAGAAUUUACAAAGAAACGGAUUAGAGAUUGACAAUGAAUUUAUUCGAGAGACGUGGCAUCCUGUGUACAGAAGAUUUUUCUUGCAACAGAGUUUAGCGAGAGCGUAUGAUUGUAGAAAAGGAUAUUAUCUAUAUCAUACGGGGCAUGAAAACGAAAUGGAAUGUAAUGACGUAGUGCUCUUUUGGCGGAUUCAACAAAUGCUGAAAGUCACCGCAAAUGCACUGAGGCAACAAAUCAUGAAUAGAGAAGCUCGCAGACUGGACAAAGAGAUUAAAGAAGUUCUUGAGGAUUAUAGUCAAGAUAACGAAAUUAAGGAGAAGCUACUCACAGGCAGACGAGUCACAUUAGCAGAAGAACUUAAACGGGUCAGGCAGAUCCAAGAGAAAUUAGAAGAAUUUAUUCAAGCGUUAAAUAAAGAGAAAUGAGCAUAGUAAACGAAAUAUUGAAGUUGAGCAUCAUAUUGCACAUAAAGCGAACCUUUAAUAGUUCGCAAUUGAAUGGAUAUGGUACAUGUAGAUGUAUAAUGUGUGUAAUAUAAUGAAUAUUUAGAAAUCAAUUUCUCUAAAAAAUGUGAAUACGCAUUUCUACAGUUUAAUUUAAAAAAAUCAAUUGCUGAUUGAAGAACUGAAUUCAGGAUUCAUUAGGCAUAUUAGUGUAGGCAUGUGAUAGCCCAUAAAAAGUAACUGCCUACCUGAUCUUAGUAACUUUGUGUAACAUAAGUAACAAGUUAAAAUCUCAGCGCUCUGAUACGAUUCAGAUUUGUAAAUAUGCGACAUGUGAUCGAAAUGUGAAAGAAUCU